UCCGUAGCGGGAGGGUCGCUGCUGUGCUCAGCGGCCGCCCCAGGCCGACAGGUGGCGCUGCCGCGAGCCGGGCCCUGUCCCGAGCCGGGCGGGUCCAUUGGGCCGGAGAGGGGGAGGGCGCUAGCGCUCCCCCGCGCGCCGCGCUGUAGUGUGGGGUUCCGGCCGCUGAGGACGUGGCUGGCCCGGCUCAGCUUCCGCAAGUUCCGCUGCGGGCCGCGGCUUACGGGCCUUGCCUCCCUCCCGAGCUCGGCGAGUGAGUGCGCCCGGCCCGAGCUCGCAGCACGCGGAGGAUGAGGAGGCCCCGCGGCGGGGGAGGCGGCCUCCGCGGCUCCUGAGACCCGGCAUGGAGACGCCCUACAGCGGCGAGGCCCUGGCCGGAGGCGGGGGGCUGGGGCCCGUGGAUGUGCCCAGCGCCCGGCUGACCAGAUACAUUGUGCUGCUGUGUUUCACCAAGUUUUUAAAGGCUCUGGGACUUUUUGAAUCCUAUGAUCUCCUGAAAGUGGUCCACCUUGUCCAGUUUAUCUUUAUAGUACAGCUGGGGUCUGCAUUUUUUAUGGUUUUGUUUCAAAAGCCAUUUUCUUCUGGAAAAACUGUGACCAAGCGCCAGUGGAUCAAAAUAGUUAAACAUGCUGUUGUUGGCUGUAUCAUUUCACUUUUGUGGUUUUUUGGCCUCACUCUUUGUGGACCUCUCAGGACAUUGUUGCUGUUUGAGCACAGUGAUGUGGUUGUUGUGUCACUGCUUAGUGUUUUGUUCACAAGUUCAGGAGGAGGACCAGCAAAGACAAGAGGUGCUGCGUUUUUCAUCAUUGCUGUGAUCUGCUUAUUGCUUUUUGAUAAUGAUGAUCUCAUGGCUAAAAUUGCAGAACAUCCUGAGGGCCAUCAUGACAGUGCUCUUACCCAUGUUCUUCAUACAAUCAUUGCUUUCCUAGGAGUUGCAGAUCACAAGGGUGGAGUGCUGUUGCUGGUACUGGCAUUGUGUUGCAAGGUUGGUUUUCAUAUGGCUUCCCGAAAGCUCUCUAUAGAUGUAGGUGGAGCCAAGCGUCUUCAAGCUUUGUCUCAUCUUGUUUCCGUCCUUCUGUUGUGCCCAUGGGUCAUCGUCCUAUCUCUGACAACUGAGAGUAAAGUAGAAUCCUGGUCCUCUCUCAUCAUGCCUUUUAUAACUGUUAUCUUUUUCGUCGUGAUCUUGGAUUUUUAUGUGGAGUCCAUAUGUUCUGUCAAGAUGGAAGCCUCAAAGUGUGCCCGUUAUGGAUCGCUGCUCAUUUUGAUUAGUGCGCUGCUCUUUGGCAGCUUCUGGACACAUCCGAUAACAGAUCAGCUUCGAGCUAUGAACAAGCCAGCACACCAUGAAAUCACAGAGCACGUUCUCUCUGGAGGAGUGGUAGUGAGUGCCAUUUUCUUCAUUUUAUCUGCCAAUAUUCUGUCCUCCCCCUCCAGGAAAGGGCAGAAAGGCACUCUUAUUGGCUAUUCUCCUGAAGGUAUUCCUCUAUAUAAUUUUAUGGGUGAUGCUUUGCAGCAUAGUUCUCAGUCGUUACCCCGGUUUAUUAAAGAGUCACUGAAACAAAUCCUUGAGGAGUAUGACUCUAGACAGAUUUUCUACUUCUUGUGCCUAAAUCUGGCUUUCACUUUUGUGGAACUCUUCUAUGGAGUGUGGACCAAUAGCCUUGGUCUAAUCUCAGAUGGAUUUCAUAUGCUUUUUGAUUGUUCUGCUUUAGUUAUGGGACUUUUCGCAGCUCUAAUGACUAGAUGGAAAGCAACCCGCAUAUUUUCAUAUGGGUAUGGCCGUGUAGAAAUUCUCUCUGGAUUUAUUAAUGGCCUUUUUCUAAUGGUAAUAGCUUUCUUCGUGUUCAUGGAGUCUGUGGCCAGACUGGUAGAUCCUCCAGACAUAGAUACAAAUAUGUUAACUCCAGUCUCAGUUGGAGGGCUCAUAGUAAACCUCGUUGGUAUCUGUGCCUUUAGCCAUGCCCACUCCCAUGGGGCUUCUCGUGGAGGCUGUCACUCACAUGAUCACAGCCAUUCACACCAUGGUCAUGGACAUGGACACAGUCAUGGCCAUUCCCACAGUGACCAUGGACACUCUCAUGGGUUUUCAGGAGGAGGCAUGAAUGCCAACAUGAGAGGUGUGUUUUUACAUGUGUUGGCAGACACCCUGGGUAGUGUUGGUGUGAUCAUAUCUACAAUAUUUAUUCAACAGUUUGGAUGGCUGAUAGCUGAUCCCCUGUGCUCUCUCUUUAUUGCUACAUUAAUUUUUCUCAGUGUUAUCCCACUGAUAAAAGAUGCCUGUCAAGUACUUUUGCUGAGGCUACCACCAGAAUGUGACAAAGAUCUGCACAUUGCGCUAGAAAAGAUCCAGAAAAUAGAUGGUUUAAUAUCCUACAGAGAUCCUCAUUUCUGGUGUCACUCUGCUAGUGUUGUGGCAGGUACUAUACAUGUACAGGUGAUGUCAGAUGUGAUGGAACAGAGAAUUAUACAGCAGGUAACAGCAGUUCUGAAAGAUGCUGGAGUGAACAAUUUAACUGUCCAGGUGGAGAAAGAAGCCUAUUUUCAACAUAUGUCUGGCCUCAGUACAGGAUUCCAUGAAGUCAUUGCUAUGACACAACAAAUGGAAUCCAUGAAAUACUACAAAGAUGGCACUUACAUCAUGUGAUGUGAAGUUACAUUCACCACUGGGAUAUAAACUGUAGUAUUCAAUAUUUGUAUUAUUUUGUCAGGAGAUCUUGCACAUAAAUGUACAGAAACAAAUAUAGUAUAUAUUUGAUUUUUUUAUAAAAGCUUAAUAUGUUGAGACUGGAUCAGGGUGCUUUUAUAAAGGAAAUAAGAUGGACUAGAACAUUUGCUGUAUAUGUGGAAAUAAUGUAAAUCUGAAAUACUGUACUUGGUGUUUAUUAAACAGAAAUCUUGCUACAUGUGUGUGGAUGAGCACAAAUGUAUUCCAUACCUUCCCUAAAGUAUGGAAAGUCAAAUCAAGAAUCAUGUUCAUGUCAAAAUUAAAGGGAAAAGAAAACGCUUUACAAGAGAAACAAAAUUGCCUCCAAAAAUACUUUAUUUCCUUCAAAACGAUUUUGAGGAAUCUGUGUGUGCGUGCAUGUUUACACAUUUAUUAUGAAGAGUAAAACUUAAACUGCAUAUGAAGUCAAGGUUUUUUGCAGAGUUUUAUCUACAAAAAGGAAUAUACAAUUUUAUAUUUAUUCACUCUGUAUAAAACUGAUUUCUAACCAUAAUUUUAGUACACCAAGGCAAAUAGAUGCUAUCAUUUUAAAUUUAUAUCAAAAUGACUAAUUUUUGUAAGAAAAAAUCAACCGGUACACAUGCUAGCAGUGUGGAUGUAGGGAAGAACAGAAUUGCAAGUUUUGCCCUUGCACUAUUUUGUGUUCUUGUUUACUGGGGAGGCUGAAAAUCAAUUUGAACCACUAUGUAAAAUAAACAUUUUAUACUUUUUUAUGAUAAUUGCAAGUGAAAUAUUAUUGUUUGAAGUGUAAAGUACUUCAUCCCUGAACAUCCUAACUCUCUCUCUCCUCUAGCCAUGCUCUUCCUGUUAAAAUGGUAUAAUCCAGUUAUUUUUAGAUGCCUAGAUUUCUUUCUCCUUGACAGGGUAACUAAUUGUGGAAUUUCAUGCAAUUGAUAUAUGUAAGUUCUAUGGCAUUGAAUACCUCAGUAUUGUGCAAAGAGCUAUUUCAUAGUCAAUUGAAGUUAAUUCAUAAGGAGGGAGGAGGAGCAGCUGAAUGAGCUGGUAGUGAACUCUUAGUACCUUAUUUAUCAUUGAAGACUCUUUGGAAUAGGUGUGAAGAAGCUCACAGUGUUGUUCAGGAGCAGCUGAAUGGUAUCUUUCCAUCAACUGAACACGUACCAUGUCUAGACAAAAAAACACUUUCUAUUGUGGCUAGGUAAUGGAGCCUACCCUAAAUCUGUCAUCUAGUUCAAAAAACUUACCCAUAGACUGGAUUUAGUAUAUUAUGUCUCUUGUUAUAACAGAUUUACUUAUGUAAACUAUACCAUUGUACAGUACUAAGGAAAAUGUCCCUGUAAUCCAUAUUAACAGUCUGGGGCUUUACAAGAUAAGACAAAAUGUGUAAAUUUAAGUGAAAAAUAUUUACUUUAGCCAAUAUAUACACACAACAGAAGAAAAGCCUUACUCACUAUUCUGUUAGCAAAAGCCUGGUAAUAAGAUUAUCUACAGUAGUUAAGUGAACACGUGUUUCUUACUGUGUUGUUGGAGACAGACUUCCUUAAAGCUAUCAGUUUAUUUCCCUGUGCCACACUCAUGCUUUUCCUCUUCCUAUAUUAAAAACACUUAAAUGUGUCCUUUGAAAUCAGCAAUCACAGAAUGCAAUGGUUAACUUAAUGUAACUGAGUAGUGCUUUCAUCAUUUAGUCCACAUAUUUGCUCACUGUUUUUAUUGUGGCACAAAGCUUGUCCUCUUUAUACAGUUUGGGGAAGGUACCUGAAUUCUUAUAUUUUGCUCUUAAUUAUGAAAGACUUGAAUUAGUGUUGGUGGAAUUUAGCAUACAAUGACCUAGUAACUACUGUAUCAUAUCAAAUUUAAUAUUUAAAAUAUCAUUUAGCAAACCAACUUUUGUGAUCAGAAUUUUUCUUGCCUUCUGUAUUAAUUUCCAGUAUAUGCGUGUUUAAACAAGGAUGUUCCAUACCAUUCCCUUGUCUUCCAAUAGUGCUGAAUUUGAAUAAUUUCUAUGGCCACUGGACUGAUUUUUUUUAAAAUGUAGUUGUGGCCAGAAAAAAAGUCUGUAAAAAUGGCAUCUUUCUUACUCAACCAAUCUUACGUGUCUGUAUUCAGUUGUGCUUGCAACUUUAAUAUGUUUUUACUUCUGUAAGCACUACAGAACCAAUACAGCCCUGGAAGUGUGAUCAGGAUGGUCUUCUGACUACAUCAACAGAAUUGCUAAUGUUCUGAUUGCAUUUAUUUUAUUGAUGGUGUGUGAGCUAGAAAGAAAACCACUAACUUGCAGAUCCUAACACAAAUUCAAUGUGCAAAGGGGAUUUUUUUUUCUGCUUAGAUUUUUAUUUUUUCAUCAUCCAGUUGUUUUUCUGGAUGGCUCUGGUCAGCUAUGGAACUAGUAAUCUUAUGUGUUCACAGCUAUCAUGCAACUUAAACCUGAUUAUCAGAGGAGGAGAGUAAUGUGUUGACAAACUGUUGAACAGGUCUUUCAGACAAAAUGUUUGGGACCACCUUCACACAUCAUGGUCAAGUUUGAGUUGCAGUACUGGCAGUUGUGACUGUAAACUGACCAACCUGAGCAGGAAGCCACUGGCAUGUCCUGAUAGGCAAAAAGGUAUGAUUAUUUUUUUCAUUCAAAUUAACAACAAUUGAAAAGACCUCUUAAUGCAUAUUAAGGUCUUGUCUAGCAUGCUAACAUCACACCUUAAAUUGUCUAGAUAAGGCCUGAGACCCAGGUGAGCGCAUUUAAAAUGUUAUGUGGUGGUGGUGUAGCCUAGGCUCACUCUAGCCUAUAAUAGGACCAGCUAUCAGGCUUUCAAACAUAUUACCCUGCAUUUUAAUAAGCAUUAAGAGGGCUCUUCAAUUGUUUUAAGCUAAAAAUUAGAAACCACAUCUUUUUUGCCCAUCAGGAUAGAGUCAAAGAGAGACAUUCUGCCGCUUCCAUAGAAACCCUCUUCAGGCUAUAACCAUAUUUUUAAGCAAAGGAUUCAGGUUGCACUGCACUAUCAAGCAGAACUGGACUAUAAGAUAGUUUUUCAGCUCACAAGUUCCUGUUCUAGUAAUUUAAUUUGUGUACAGGUAGAUAGUGUUUCAUUGUAUGUUCUAAAUCAGUUUCAUCUUUGAAACUGC